UUCUUCCGAUCGAGGACGAAGAUCGCAAAAGUAGUGCUUCCACCUUGCGUGGUCAUGCAGAACAAGAACUGAAGACCAAGAAGACACUGUCGCAACCUCCGUGCUACCCGCUGGUGGAGCGACUUCUUCCGAUCGAGGACGAAGAUCGCAAAAGAGGCGCUCCUAUCUUGCGUGGUCAUUUAGAACAAAAACUAAGUCUUCCGCUACAAAUUGUCGAUGAGGCCAAUAAACUUGAGCAUGAGGCUCUUACAGCUUCUUGCGAAUGUGAUGAGGAUCUCAACAUCACUCCAUCCUACGCCGACAUCGUGAGGAGACGACCACGCAGAUUGUCUGAACGUCCCUCAAAGCAAUGCUUUACUAGUAUCUUCAAUGCAAAUCCAAGUGGCCUCCUCGCUGCAUCCCAAGGAAGACCAUCACCCCAGAGCUGCAAGAAUGAAGCGGAUUAUCAUCCUCCUUUUUAUAGUAAAAACGCAUUUCCAACUCCAUCGCUAUCUCUCGUCUCUAGCAAAAGCAACACGAAUAGAACAAGCGCAAAUAUUACUACUAGCACUAGGCCGCCUCGUACCAGUCCCGUCUACCGCUUGUCUCCUGGUACGAAGACGACUGCUAGCACUAGCGACACCGCAUCAAUUACAGCGACGCAUCAAUGCAAGGAAAGCCAUCAGAGUCAUCUUCUGCUCUCGACCUCGACACCCGCGUCCAGUAGUUCUGACGACACCAAGCCAGCAGAGCCAGAACAUGAAUACGCCUACAAAGUUGUAGAAGAUGCUGACUAUGAUUGUCGCACUUGUGAUAGUAGUUCCACUUCCAGUGCUGCUCGUGUGGCCGCAGAUUCGAUAGAGGAUAAUAUUCUGAACUUGGAGCACUUGAGUCUGCUGCUGCAAGAGGAAAUUGCGCGUCCAGGUGCCUUUGAACGGAGUGGUCUUGUGCUUGAGGGCGAGGCCUGGCGGUCUUUGGUGCAGAAAGAACGAGAAGACCAAGACAUUGCUUUGAAGGUACUUCAGUUCAGCGCUUUUGUGGACCAACUAGAUCGUUACAGGUAAUUGGACGACAGUGACUCUAUUUAGUCGAAACGGUAUCGGUCUUGAUGAUCCUUGUUGUAACUUCACAUAUUGUGACCCUCACUUCUUCGUCUUGCAGUUACAGCCGUUACCUUUUUCCACAACCGCGAGGAAAAACGCGAAUUAGUGCUGGUUUCUUCAAUAGUUAGAACGAAGUACCAAAUAAAUCAACUUCAAUACCUGCUCGGGUAGUUUCGUUGAAACUGUUUCAAAAAUAAUCUCUAAUUCAUUUUUAUUCCAGAUUGUAAAUCCACCGCGCUCGCGACUGAUGAAGCAGGAGUUGCCUUCGUCGCUGGAUCGGGUUCCGGCUGUUUCGUCCACCACCAGCUUAAUGCGAGAGACCUGCUGCAACAGGUUUAGAGCAUUGUUCUCGACGAUGGCAAUUUCGCCUGACGACGGCGAGGACGAAAACAAGACGAAUGAAGAGACGUCCAGCGCAGUGUGCUGUCUCACAACAAUAACAAGCUCCCAACUGACCACAGAGAAACAGCAGACGAAGGCGAGCAAGAAAAAGCAGAUGUUGAGUAAAAGAAGACUCGACACUUCUCGUAGGUCGCUCCUGUCUGGUACUACUUUGCCGACUCCUACAGAAGCAGCAAUAUCUUCUCUGCGAUCGGCAUGCCAUGACGAUGCCCCGUCUUCAUCUUCAAGGAACGGCACCGGACUAGUAGACGAGCAGACGGACUACGCCGAGUCUUCGUCUUUUGCACCUCCAGCGCCUCCGUCUAGCUCCGCUGGUGCAUCUACAUGCUUUCGGGAAAGGGGGGCUAGUCGCUGCGAAACGGUAGUAGCCUCGGUGGCUCCCAGGUGGGUUGUCAACGCUGGCGCCACAGUUACCGCGCACUCCUCCUACCGCACGAACCUUCGCAAGCGGAUCCUCAGCGCUGGCACUACAGUGGCGCACUUCUUCUACAACACUCGCAAGGGAAUCGCUGACGCUGGCGCUCCUGGCGCGCGCUCCAUCUCUUGGCAUUCAUGCAGAACCAGAAGAAAGCAACUUCCCAAAAAGCGACUGCCUCCACUAAGACUACUGCAGCAGGAAGAGCACGAGACCAAACUGAAGGUGGCUGUGCUGCGAGGCGCUUGCGGCCUCUUGCGUCAUUUGCCUCUACUGCUAUUGCCGGCUCUGGCAGUCGUCGCAUACCAGCAGGCGGAAAGGCAACCGAAAAGCUUCCGCGGAGAACCGAGCCAAGAGAGAAUGAAGCAACACGCACGCGAACUCUUCGACCGGGUAAAAACACAUCCGCGGUUUUUUGGCCAACACUUUCUCCGGUUGGAAAUACCACCGGCAGCGCUGUUGGAGUGGCAAGCCGAUUUCAGAAAAUGGAUGACGAACCACCCGAACCAAAACGAGGAGUUGCAGAAAGAAAUGCAAAUGUCAGCCCAGGAGGCAGUUAGAUCAUGCAUGCACGACCUGAAGGAGAUUCCCGCGACCAGUACCACUGCAGGAGAGGUAUAGGAGAUAAAAUAAAGCGACCUCAUCCAAAUGCGCACCAUAUAGUAUAUAUCAAAGCAAAGAAAAGACUCAUACUCAAAGGGCUCAGCGCUUCUAUUGGUAGGCAGCACUGAAGCUGGCCGGUGCUUGCUCUCUGAGGGGCGGCUAGCUAGGAUUUGUAUAGAUUGGCUCGGAGAUCGAGAUGGGCUGCGACUGCGGUUCUCUAAUUCUUUAAUUCAGCGGACCCUCUAGGUCUAGAUACUAACCUGCGCCUGCGUCCGUGAUCAGUCGAGAUGGAGGCCCCUGAAUGCUGAGCAGGUCUGAGGCUGACGCGGUCCCUGUAUUCAUGUGGUCGACCUUUUACAUUUUGACACAGUCGCUCCAUCGUUAAAAGUGGAGAGGCCUCACCUGCUCGCCUAGAUUAAAGAGCCUCCGAGUUUACGUCUAACGGAGAACGAGACAGGGGCGAUUUUCCCCGUACGUACCCGAAGCCAGCGCGCUGGGACAGCCUGCCCGGGCCACACCUUCUGAAACAGCAUGCGCAGAACAAGGUCGCCGAGGCAACACGUCCAGAGCAAGGCUUCUGCAACAGCCUGCCCAGAACAACCUACCCAGAAGAAGGCUCGCGGGACAGCCUGCCCAGCAGAACAGGGGGCCCGGGGGCAGCCUGCCCAGAACAAGGCACCUAGGCUCCUCGGCAGCCUGCCCAGAGUAAGACUUCUGAAACAUCCUCCCCAGAACAGCUCAUCUGAAACACUUUCAACCCCCCAGGAGAGGGUCUCUGAAAUGACCCCGCCGCCGACACAGCAGGACAGCUCACCUAAAUCAGCCCCGCCAGAUACAGACUGCUGACCCGACCACCCGAAACAACCUCGCCGGGCCAGCUUAUCUGAAACAACCCGGACAGAGCAGCCCACCUGAAACAACCCCGCCGAAACGGCUCACCUGAAACAACCCCGCCAGAGCAAGGAUUCUGGAACAGCAUGCCCAGAGCCAGGAGUCUGGAACGAUAUAGAACGAGACAGGGCCGGCUUUCCCCGUACCCAGGAAAAGCGCGCUGAAACAGCCUGCCCAGAGCAAGGCACUUGAAACAAGCCCGCCAGCACUCACAAGAAUGCUAAAGCAGCUUGCUUAGACAUAGAACUCUGAAACAAGCCGGCCAGAGCAAAGCCAGAACUCUGAAUAGACAUCCCCGCGAGAUCGAGGCAAUUAGGCUAAUCUUAAAAAAACAAUCCCGCCAGACCUUGACCUCUGAGUGAAACAACGAACCCCGCCAGAGCACGGCUCGGCCCCUGCAGCAAUAAUACCUAAGCAAAGGGCCCCUUUUCUUUUAACCUUGCGCCGGGCAAGGGCGCUGGGGUAGCUUUUCAAAGCAAAGGCCUUGGGUUGGAACAGUCUCUCCAGGGCGACGGGUCUUGAUUGCAAGGCCCUCCGUCUGCUCGACGGUCUCUCUUUUUUCACUGGCUGCGCUUUUGGUUUUUUCUGCCGGGCUCUUGGGCGGGGGCGGUGGGCACUCUUUGGCGGGGCAAACCCGCCCGCCGUGCCCGCGUGCUCCUCUCUCCUUGUGCCCCCGCCCCCUGCGCCCCGCCUCCGGGGGCGACGGGGCCGGGCGCUCCCGGAGAAUGAGGCAGCCACCCCGCAGCGUUGGUUUUUGGUUGGGGUGUCGUUUUUUGUCCACUGGCCUCUCUGUAAGCACUCUAAGAAAAGCGAAGCUUGGCACCUGCCCGCGGCCGCGGGCGGCGGGCGUGGUGUGUGGUAUUGGUAGCGCCUCCUUUUUGAAGUUUCUCGCCGCCGCUCUCUGUCCAUCGAACCAAUGGCGGCAAACGCAAGGCAGACGCUGCCCCGUUGGGUCCACCCGAUGCCCGUGGUUUCGUGGCGUUUUUUCAAGUGGCUACGCGACUCCCCUCCUUCUUCUUCUUGGCCGCGCGACCAACAUCCCAACCCUCCCACGCCUGCCACGCAAUCCGGCCCCAUAUGGCGUUCCACGAGCCUGGGCUGGGUCUGAGAAGAGAGACCGACCACAUGAGAGGAGACAGAGACCAGACCAGAAGAGCCGAGUACCGUACGAGAGGAGACGGCCCGACCCGACGCACGCGCGACUGGCGUCGGCCCAGACUGGGUGGCGCCACAGCCACCGCCCACCUUGCGACUGCCUUACUUUAUUGGAGGCUAGGCGUAGCCAGCUUAUUUUUAGUGACAUAAGAGACAAGGCCAAGCGCGCCGACCUUGGCUUUGCCUUUGCCUUCCUUAGGGCUACGCCUUCCCUUACCCCCAGGCCAAGCGUCCGCCUAGAACAGAGGGCAGCCCCCCGUAGCCGCCCAGCGUUCAGCGCUGCUCAGGUCAACUACAUCCCCCCGGAUGCUCUGCGCUUCUCCUAAAAAAGUCGCCAGAUUCUGAGCCAGAGGGCAGCCCCCUGGUGGCCCACUGCUCAGCAUAAGGCGAGCCUGUUCUCUCUUAAUGCGUUGCCUUUUUUCCGAAAAAAGCUGCUGACUGUUUUCCUUUGCUACUUUUUGCAAGUUAGUUCAGAGCUUCGGGCCGUUUCAGAUUUUCGUGACUUUUUGAAAAAAGUAACGGGGAAAAGCCUCCACGCCCGACACGGUGCGCCGAACUCUUGCCCAGAAGCUGGAAACUAGAACGACACCAAAAACCAGCCUUGUUAAAUGAGCAGUCUGCUUCUUUUAUUUCUUCCUGCCUGACCUGCGGAAACUUUGGCGGUCUUACUUUUCAUGAGUUAACUUUGUGGCGCGCCGACUCUCCAUUUUUCAACCCUUCAAAAACAGAGGGCAGCCCCGUAGCCGCCCAGCGUUCUGCUUAAGUCGACUACAUCCUUCCGGGUGCUCUGCGUUUCUCCUGAAAAAGUCGCCAGAUUCUGAGCCAGAAGGCAACCCCCUGGCAGCCCACUGCCCUGCGUAAGUCGAUCGAACCCGCCCCCGCCUAAUGCGUUGCCCCUUUUCUGAAAGAAGCCGCCUAGUGUUUUCCUUUGCUACUUUUUGCAAGUUCAGAGCUUCGGGCUGUUUCAGAUUUUCGCGAUUUUUUGAAAAAAGUAAUGGGAAAAGUCUACACACCUGACACGGUGCGCCGAACCCUUGCCCAGCAGCUGGAAACUACAGCGACAGCAGCAGCGAGCUUGGUCAAGAGUCCGCUUUUUUUGUUUCUUCUUGCCUGACUUGCGGAAGUUUUGGCGGUCCCAAUUUUCGCGAGUUAAUUUUUUGGCGCGCCGGCUCUCCAACUGCAGAAAAAACACGCAUGGAAAAACCAUAACCGCAGGGAAUUACUUCCCCAAGUGGGUGACUUUUUAGGCAUUUUCGAACCCAUUAGCCCGUGACCCCCAAAGAGUUAACUUCUGAAAAAAAACGCAACAACUUGUGAAAACAAUCAGCAAAAAGCCGGCAACUUCGAGCAGACAAGACGCCGCAGGCAAGAAAUGGGACCUGACUACUCAGGCCCCUUCGCUUCCAGUGCUACCGUCAGAGCAUUGGAGCGAGAGACUUCGACGAGCAGGGUGGCAAUGUGAGGGCUUGGAAUCAUUAAAAAAGCAAAAGUGGCUAAAUAAAAGAAUCUUGGCAGGGUUUUUGGAUGGAUCUCUGGGGGGUCCUAGGGGGUAGGCGCGGCGUAGGUGCUGGCCUCCCCUGGGCAACCACUGCCCAACCCCCUUCCCAACUUCUGGGUGACCCAGAGCAGACCAGACGUGGCGACGCUUGGGCGCCUCAAUGAAAACCGCGGAAAAACCAGCAUCACACUAGGAGGCUCGCGCCUCGCAGCUCCUCCGGGGGGGUGCGCGUCCGGAGGCUGCGAGCGAGGAACCCGAAGGGGAGCCAGCCUGCGGGCAACGCCUUCACACCUCCCCGCCUGCUUGAGUGUGUUUGCGGAGGAAGGCGGAGAAUGAAAGCGCUGCGUUUAUUUCUCGCAGGUGAAAGCAAAUGGCAGGACUGUUCCCGAAUUCAAAACUGGGCCUGACAACGUCGAACCCAGUUAACCCUAUCGACCUCAGAUGACCUCCUGAAUCCUCCAAAUAUUGCGUAAACAUUUGACAAACUCACACUCACUGGGCAUAACUCUUGCGACAACCGUAAACGAGCUGGCCUCAGCUCAACAGGGAGGGAAAGAGUAGAGAUCGCGCAGAGAUCUGAAGGGUAGAGGCUUCCUGUCACUUGUACCAAGCGAGAGCUACUUGACAUAGGCUAAGGCGUCCUGACAACGGGAGAAACUUCAACUCCAUUCGAAUGUGGCAUAGAGUUCCGAAGUUGAAACAUCGCAAACAAAUACAAUCUGGAACCAUUAUGGGGCGUCACAUCUACAACCAAAUGAGUGAAAAGCUUGAAAGAUAAAACUUAAAACGCGCCAUUCAUCUCAGCAAAAAUUGACCUGCUUCACUCCUAAGCGUCAAGCCUAUACUCCUAGACUUAGCGAGACUUGAAAGCACUUGGGAGACAACUGACGCCAACACGAUGCGCCAUAUGAGCAAAAAAAAAAUACGGAGAGCAGUCGGAUUUUGAUUCAAUGGCAAAGCUUGACCUUUUCCAGAGUAAAUCCAAAAUAGACACAGAGGACCUAAAUCGUGGAGACGUACUGCGCUACCAGUUUUUAGCUUUAAUCAUCAAGCUUAGCAGUGACUUCGUGUGGAGCAAGGCCAGAGCCGAAGAAGCCUGGAACGUGACCGCGCAUAAGAAGGACGUCUUCAAUAAACUUCCUAUCCUGCUCUGUGUGAUCAUGUGAGAAAGCAGUCUCUUCAUGGGGUCGAUCUUCUCCUGACGAGUGAAAACGUCGGCAAUAUUGAACGCAGAAGGCACCCUGAUGACCCAGGUGCACGCUCCUACCGCAGCACCGUCACCGACGGCCACACGCAACACGUGACCGCGCGCAUAAUUGCUAAAAACUCGCAAGGCAACAACCGGCGCAAUUGCUUCCAGAAACGCGACCGGUUGCGUUCCAGCAACAUCGUGGAUCUGGUCUUUGUUAACCGCGUACGAGAAGCAACACAAGCGAAAACUUCCAUCAGAAGUUGACACAACCCACGCGCCGGAGAUCAUGCCUUUGCCAACCCCAGGGUCAUACGACGCGUCGGCAUACAAUAGCCGAGGCGCUACGCUGUGCCUGACAAACUUAGAACUCCUUCUAAUAGGCAGCUGUACGACGUGCCGCACAAUCGUCAGGCACUGUCUCAGCCUUGACGAAAUACCGCACCCAUUGAGAGCGUCUAGCCCAUUCGACCUGUUGACGAGCGGCCUCAAAACCGGCGACGUGGUGCGACCGAUCAGACUAGAGAAGAUGAAGAAUGUGGAGCCCUGCAGCUUUCUCGCAUCGCCAGGCGUCAGAGCACCCAUCUCGACAAUGUCGUCUAUUGCCUUGACUAUUUUCUGCAUCCGUUUCUGACAACCAAGUGCCGAACUCAGGCGGCUGCUUCGCGAGAUCGAAGAUAGUUAAGACCUAAGACUUCAAUUGCUUCGCCUAGUUUUACUUUGGCUACUGAGUACGGGACGCCGAUGGAAACCAGGAAAAGCAGGAAGAUGUCUAGCAAUUCCCGGGCCAUCUUCUUCGGGGCGAUUCCAGUAUUGUCGUCGGCAUAGACUUCGAGCAGAGACUUCACCACUCGCCUGAGAAUCAACCUGAUUCCCCACGCGACUCUUAUCCAGCUAGUGACUGAGUGCACAUUACCAAACGCGCACGCAAGCCCCUGAAAUGCUAGGCAUCUCUUCAAGCCCGGAGACCAUACUACUAGCCUGCUGCGUUGGAGAUGUUCGCCCAUUACUGGGAUGCUGUUGCAGGCCUUCAAAAUGUCGACUACCCACGCCGGGAUCAUCAGUAACGGAAUAGAAAAACUCGACUCGUCAAACGCACUACCAUCGUUCAAGCUUCUUCUUCUUGGAUGGGUGUGGACUCUCAGAAGUGUCGGCGGGCUUCUUCUUCUUGCCUCUUAUCUUCGGAGGGCAUUCGUCAAAGAUGAAGAAUUUCUCGUCUGGAGGAGUAGCACUCUCCCCCCGUAGGUAUGGAUCAGCUUGCUUUUCAAAUUCUUUCUCCAUGGCAGCUGCUUCUUUGAUGAGUCUCCUGCUCAUUACUACGGCGUCGCCAUCUACCAGAUUACAAUCCUGCAACGCUGUGCCUUGUGCUAGAAUUUGCGCCGCUGAUGUCAUUGGCGCUCCUCUUUCAAGAAGACUCGCUUUGUUUUGGGGCACUAGUGGGUCGAUCGUCCUGAUCUUGUUGCUCUGCUUGAUCGGGAACCUCCUUACCACCGUACUCCAGCCCAUCUCAGCUGCGUCCUGAAUUUCAAACGGUCCCUGCAGACUGUUAGUCCCAAUCGAUUCGCCCCAUAAAAAUAGGUGCAACCUGAAUGGUAUUCGUUAGUCUUAAUUGAUGCGACUCGACUUCUCCUAAGUACUGAUCUAUCAACGUCUGCUCUGGCGACGAGGUAAACAAAAGAAAAACCGACUCAGACCCCCAAGGCGGAGCUGCUAACCCAAAUCAAUUCACAAUCUAGCGUGAAGCCAUACCUAUUCGCCACCGCUCCUCUUGCUUCUGGCGUGAUACGUUCCAAAACGUAAUGCCAUCCCAAGUAGAUGCGCGCAUCAACUAGCUUAGACGUGUCAUCUUCUGGCGCAGGCGUCAGGGUCUCCAUCAGUGAACCUUGCCAGCAAAAUAAUGCCUCAUCUUCUUCCCACUGUGGAGCCUUCAAUGAGCCCCCACGCGGUUCUUUGAAGUCCCUAAUGUUAUCCACUAGUGACGACACUGGAAGCGGCGCCUCGCGUUUCCUGCUUGCUUGUGGCCAUGGCCAAUAUUCUGGCGCACCAGUAGGCCCGACCGCGGUCGCACCUCUCAGAAGCGGUUCAAAGAAGUUCGGAUCUUCUGGUAAAAGAUCCUGGCCAAUGCUCUGGCAUAGCCCUACGCUGAACCUCGAACAGAACUUCCGGAUAUGCGGCGUCAUCUCACUCUUCAACCUCGCGUCUUCUUCCGCUGUUUCUUUCACUACUUCGUUGAUGUAUUCUUUUCUUCUACUCUCUUCUUCAACACUCCAGGCUUUAGAGUUGACUUCCUUGCUUUCUUUAUGAUUUCACGCGUUUCACCUUCGAGCGGCUUAAAGGGAGGCCUUCUAUGCGUGUCCAGAUUAAUCCUUUCGCGCAUCAUGAAGAAUUCCAACAGGAAAUCCACCUGGUCGCAUUCGUUCCCGCCCGGCAUUUUUUUUUUGUGUUGCCAAACUUCUUGCUAAAUUUCCCUAGACUUACACUUAUAAUUUUUCAUUAGGAUCAAUCAAUUGCACUCAUCUUCUUCCGUCGUAUCCUUCCGCUCCACUUCUUCCAUUUUUUGUCUCUUUAGAAGAAUUUCCACGCAAACGCCGCCAAAAUUCCAUUACUCGGCACCAUUCUCUUUGUGCGUAGCUUACAGCUUUUCUAGAGCGUCGCACUACGCAACGUCCUUCGACGAAAAUAAAGCCCAAACAUAGCUCGGCCACUUUCUGUCAUGUAAGGAAGCGCUCCCUUUAAACUUGUUCCAGACAUCUGACGAAUUCCGUGAAGGUCUAGUACUUGAAUGAAGAAGCUACCAAGUAGCUGAUUGCUCGUUUUAACUCGAGACAGCUUUACUGAGAUUGAUUCGCUUAGGUCUGCGCAUUCUUGGGCAUAAGUGUCUUGCUCUUCAUAAUAUUGAGACGCAAUUACUUCGUUCCCAUUGAAUGAAGCGGCAUGCUUUGCCGACUUACUAUCUCACUCUACAUCUAAGUCUAACACUAAACCGUGUAAAUGUCUUGACUCACUUGUGUGAUUCAUCUCCUAAUCGGGAAGGUCUCAGCUGUUACAUUUUCCCGCUUUUUCAGUCCUAUAAAAUCUAAAUAAAAUGGGCAAAGGGAUGGGGUUUUUUUCUUUUUUCACCACUUUGCGCGGAGUCUUCUCCAGGCAGAUGUGUGUGGCGAUUUCUCCAAGAAUUGAGACCGAUGGGGCUUGUUUGGUCGGUCGGUGAAGCUGGGCACCGCUCUCUCCGCUUUCUGGUUGAGCAGAUUCCGGCGGCACCGUUACCGGCUGGCGCUUUUUUGGUGGUGGUGCCUGGUGUUGAUUGUCUGCAGGCAUUUGGCCAAGGGUUUUGCUGUGCGUCCCAUGCAUUGGCCACACCGUUUUGCUGAAGUUGCCACAGAGCUGGGUGGGCUUGCCUGGUGUCUGUCGAUUUUUCUCUGCCACCCAGGGCCCCAAUGUGGCAGGGCUUACGAUUGUCGUCGACACCAUUUUGACUCCCGACCCCUCUGCGCUCAAGCCUCGGCUACCCAUAUCCUGGCCCCGUGUCGGCCUGCCUGCCGCCGCCAAGGGGUUCCGGAAAGGUCCGGGCAACUGCUGGUCUAGCCCUCGAGAACGCUCACCACCUGGCGACCCUUUUCUUGACGCUUGGUCUGGGCGUCGUGUGGUCGUGUUUGGCGUCCGCUGAGUGUCUUUUUUCGGGUCUGUGGCGUCAGCUUUUGGUGCGUCUCUUCGUGCUGAAAGGGUUCCACAAGUUGGCAAAAAAGACCCCCAACGGAACCAACCUCGGAACCCUUUUGCCGGACCUCCGGCCUGGAUGAUGGGCUUUUGUGUGGAUACUAGUGGGGCGAAGGGCUCAAAUGGGGCACUAUAAAAUGCCCUAUAAAAUGGUCUAUAAAAUCGACGUCUGAUCCACGUGCGAGGCCGCUUCCUGCACUGGGGUCGGCCUCUUUUCGGGAAAAAAAAUCGAUUUUAUAGAGACCCAAACUGGGGGUCUGGGCCAGCCGAUCUGGCGCACAAAGUGCCGCCAGCUGGCCCCACUAGUAUGCAACAAAGCAAUGGCCCCCAGAAUCCACCACAGCGGGGGGGGUAAGAUUUUCCGCAGAAAAAUGAACGGAAAAAGUUGCCAAAGAGUUGGGAUCAUCUGGAAGGGCGCGGACUAGAACCAGAAAACCCGUGGACACCAGCCAGCCAAGCCCCCCACCCACCGCCCCAUCGUCACAGGCCAUGCCCGAAACCCACAACCAAAUCGGGCAAAGCGCCACAGCGUCGCGUGGCCCAAUGUUCUGCCUCGAAGGACCCACCGGGCACGCGCUUGCGCUCACAUCCUACAGCUCACGCUUUGGGGUGUUUGGUCCACAGGCUGGGCAGACCCGGACGCAGACACCUGACACACCAGGCAACCAACCGGAAGAACGAAGCACCCCUUUCGCCAUCGGGUUAAACCGCAACCAGAUGACCUCUGAAGUGAGGCGCCAGGCCAUCUCUGGGCCACACUGUGGCUGACCUGUUGUCCUCCCCACCCGUCAAGCCAGCAGACCACUAAACUGACGGAAAAUGGGACUACCAAAACCCCUCGAAACACGCUCGAGGGGUGCCAGCUCAGUGGGGUCCAAACAUAGGGGGAAAUCCAUGCACCUUCUGCCGGUCUUGGUUUAGCUUUUGUGGGUUGCCGAAAUCCGGCCGCACGAGCUUCGGCACAUCUGAAAAAAAACCACAACCCCCACCCUUAGAAAAAGCAAAAAAGUGAGACACUGCGGGACAUUUUAUUCCGAAAAUAUAGAGGAACACAAUCGGGAAAAAGGUAACAGCUAACACCUUUUCAACUCCUAACAACAGACACCGGCAAAGUUGGCCUAUCUGAAAAAAGCGCUAUCUUUGUCAUUCACGUCGCCUACCGCUUUAUCAUGUAAAAGAUUCCUACUUUUCCAACAUUUCGCCAAACCAAGUCUCACCAUAUUCAUGCGCUAACUUCAUUGAGCUACUUCAUUAUCAUGCUACUGAGUUCGCUAUCCCUCAGUCUCCGGGAUGUCGUUGUAGUUAACGUCUUGGCAGACCGGGCAACAUAGCUUGAGGCUACUCUCCUUGCUUCACGGUUUCCCCCUGCGCCUUCGAUGGCUUGACAUGCGGCAUACCAUGCGGGCGCGGAUUCUUGCAUUGUCCCCAGACAAAUUCAAAACACGUCGCGAAGUUCUCAGCUUUCGGCUCUCCUGCUGCUGCUCCUUUCUUGCCCUUCUUGCCUCCCUUUUUCCCUUUACCUGUGGACGAUUUUGAUAAUUGUCUACUUUGGAGGACAAGGAAGAAUGAAGCAGGUGAACAAAGCAAAACCAUCAGUACUAGAUACACAAUAGUCAUCAUUCGGCGCAAUCGACUUAGACUAAGGAUAUACUUUUCCCCUUGCCUUUCUUGCCGAAGCCUUUCCCUUUGUACGGAGAAGACCUCCGCUCCGUGUUCUGCGCCGCUGCUAACUUCGCACUAAGCUCCUCAGUCUUGCUAUUGGCCACGCCCAUAGCUUUGUUAGUAGCCGCUUGCUGUUCUACUGCGGCACGCCAUAACGCCGUGAGGCUCAGGCUAAGCCUUAUAGUAUUGUAUAAUGGUUAGAGUCUUUCCUUUACAACAGUACAGGAUAAAGCAUAUACAAAGGAAACCAUAUCACUCAACCAAGCAGGCAAGGCCCAAUAGAUUAAAUCUUACCAGUUUGUCAUACGUACCACGUUCACGCACGCAGCCAAGUCUGUCGGCGCAGCAGGAUUAGGCUCCACCCCCGAGGCUGCCUGUAUCAGAAUGGAAUCAAACAGCUUCCACUUGUCGCCUGCCGUGAGGUUGCUUUUGCGUACCAUCAAAGCCAACGCGUUUGCUUGUGCCAAGUUUAACACUUGACCACUUUCACCGUGGAAGCUCAGCGCAUAAAUAUACUUCGGGAUACUGAGUUCGUCCUUCUCCGAUACUCCCGGUUUCUUUUCCAACCGAGUGGAGCUGCUUCUUGCGCAGUUCUUUUUGUACCUUGAGAAUGUUCAUAAUGACGCGAAUCCUCCUAGAAGACCACUUGCAUACUGGUAGACAACUCCUCUUCCGUUGGAUAGAAGACGAAGAAGAGCACUGAACUUGUUAUACCAUGGCAAGCAAGAAAAAAAGUAGUAUCUUUACCUUCUUGCAUCAGUCCAAGUCUGGCUGUGGACUUAGUUCCGUAAUGUGCCCAAUAGCCACCCCAUGGGCUUGCGCUUGUGCUGCGGUCCCGCGCUCGCGAUCGUCUUGGGCAUUGGCAAGGGCUGCACCCAAAUCCGCUGCGUUGAUCACGACAUUCGCCAUUUUGUAGAAUUGGCCCCUUUUUCCAAUGCGAAAGGGAGUUAAACAGUGUCGGCUAUUUAUACUUAUCUAUACUUAUAGCAAACUUGAAACUUCAGCCACUUCGCAAGCCUCAAGCUAUUAACUACUAGAACUCUAAGUCUAGACUUAGAGCGCCCAGACUUAGAACAAGUAAACCACGUCCAAGAGGAAGUAAGCAGACUUAGAGCAAAUGAGUCACGUCCAAGGAAGAAGUAAUCAGACAGAUUCGCGCACACGCUCUAUGCUAUCGCUAUCCAUAGCCCAACUUGAAAAGGAACUCGAACGCAGAACGCGUCGACUUACCUCCUUCUGAAUUGCGCAAGUGCUUGCUCUUCUUCUCUUUUCGCUUCCUUUGCAUCGUCUUGAAUGCUAACCCUCGCAAGAUUGUGGCUAGCCUUCUCAAAAUAACUACUCCCCUUGCAUGACUUUCACUCCCAUCUUAUCCAUAUGCUUUAGCUUCCUUUCCCUUUUAUGAGCAGACCACUGCUACGGCGUCGGCCUAUAUCUCUGCCCUGGCUCAUUUUGCGCACUGCAAGCCUUAUCUUCUAACUUGUGUGUCUAUUAUUCACCGUCACUAUCUGAUAAGUCAAGUCCAUCGUCGUCAAUAGUGUUCAAGCCACUUGCGCUCCCAGCUAAGUCUUCCGGUGCGAUCCUGACCCACUGAAUCAAGUUAGCCCAAUGAUAUGGCCUAGAGGAUUUUUGUGCGUUUCUUGCGUAAUAAAAAGCAUAGACGUGUCCGACCGCCUACAGUGAUGAGCUAUUCUUUCGUGAGAUAAUUCCAGUAAAAAAAAGUGGAUUGCUGCUCCAAUCCUACAAGAAUGCGCUGCAAGCGAUGCACUCGCCUCAGGGCGACAGCUACUCGAUGAUGACGACGCUCCAGAUGGUGACGCACUAGACGAAGACACUGCCACAGGCGGAAGGUGAUGCUUACUAGAUCUAGUCGCAGCUAGCAGCUUGCUCAUAUGUGUCAUGAUAUUAGCUUCUCCUGCCCUCAGGCGCGUUGCUCUAUCUCUAAGAAGCGAGUUAUGAAUCAAACAAAGCCGACCGCUUUUCUGUGAAGCGAUUCCCUUCUCACAUCCGCAAGCGUGUCUAAUUCUUGUCACUCUCGAGCAUUUGGCUCCGCCUGUCUGUCUAAACAGUGAGAAGUCCACCACAGGUGCCUCCUCUUGGUCCCCGAUAUAGUUCAGGGCUGCUGGACCGUAAACAAUCGCUGCUGCCUCCGACUUCCUCAGCGCUCCAUAAGAUGCUAACAGAAGAGCCGUUAACGUCAGAACAGGCCCAGGCGCUUGCGUGGAUUCCUUCGAUAUGUUCACCUUCGCAGUCAUAGGUAGAGUGAGAGGCGCUUUCUGCUGCUUGUCCCCAAAGGCGCCGCCCCUUCGUAAUCUGGCUAAGAGCUCGCUGAUCCUUGGCCCCUCUGAGCGAGACAGCCCCGGCGAAGCCGAUAAAACGACUGAAACAAUUCCCGGGAUCGAUGCGUAUUCUGCACCCAGCGCAAUGGCGAUGAACAUGUAGACUGAUUCGGGUGAAGCUGGCCACGCAACUACUGGCGACUUCUCUAGUGCUAUCGCGUACGUUUUAAGCCUACUACUCGCCACCUUGCUACUAUUCUCGUUGAUCGUGAGAUCAGAUAGCUUCGACGUCGCUGCCUCUAGUGGCACCUUGUCAGAAGAAAUGCUGGCUAGUUUUCUCCUCCUACUAGUCAUCUUGGCUCCCUUUAAUGCGCUAGGAGCUGCUGCCGAUCCAGUUUUGCAAACUACUGGAAGACUGAAGAAAGAAUGGAAGUUCUUUCGCUGUCCCGAGCGGUAGCUCCCUCUUAUUGCUCGCGACGAUCUUGCCUCCAAUACCAGCCGAGCUCGUUUCGAAGUUCCUCGCAUCUUCUGCAGCUUGCAAGGCACUACUGUGCUUUCCUGCCUUUUCUUCCUGGGCUCGAAGCUCCUCCUCCUCUCUUCUAUCCAUUAACAGCCUCAAGCGUAAGGCCAUGACUGUAUCCAGGUUGUAGUGGGAGGGUGGGAAAAGAAACUUUUAACAAAAACCACCUUAGCACUUAUUUAUAUAUUUUAACUUUUAGCCUAGCGUUCUUGUGAUGCGUGCUGCCCUUCGCGGCUGCUUACUUAUAAGCACGCAAAUAGCUUCAACGAUCGCGAUGAUGCUUUUCGCUAACGAUGGAUGCAUCGACGACCUAUACUUGCGUGGGAUUCUCUUCUUCUCUCACUCGUAUUUGCCGGCCGACUAUCUUCGAACGCGAGCGAUUUCGGCGAGAAUUUAUUUUCAAAGUUUGAAGAUUUUCUUAUUCCUUGCCUUUUCCUUUCUGUUUGGCUGCUGUUUGAACAUGUUGCAGCAGCCUACUCUUCCAGUCAUCUCCUUCCACCUGGAGAAAUAAGCUAUGCAGUAAUAGCGAGCUCUUCCUGCCUUAGUUUACUUCUCGCAGAUGGAAGUAAGUGGCAGGACUGUAGUUCCCGAGUCCAAAACUGGGCCCGACAACGUCGGACCCAGUUAACCCCAUCGACCUCAGAUGACCUCUUAAAUCCUCCGAAGUCCAAAUAUUGCAUAAACAUUUGACAAACUCACUGGGCAUAACUCUUGCGAAAACCAAUAACGUGGGACAAGCACAAACCAAGGGAACCUCUCGAAAAAGACUAGAGCUGGCGCCAGAGACUACCCCGACUGGUCGGAGACUAGACCCCAGCCCGACCGAAGGGCGGGGCAGACCCUGGCGCCAACUGGGAGACGCGGACUUGCUUCGAGAGGCCUAUGAGAACUGCCACACACCUCAGACGCUGUCUACCAGCAAGACUCCCGACUUUGGAUUUUCGACUUAAACACCUAAAGCAUUUUGAACUGCUUCCCCCUCGACAAGAAGGACAUUGCCUCGCACUUUAAAGCAUUAACAUUUUCAACAAAGAGAGCGAAAACAUUGGACGCAAGCAACAAUUUAAACUUUAGGCUUUAAAGCUUUUUUUUUGAGAUUUAGAGACUUCGGCGCUUCUCUUUUUUUUUUUUUAACGCCUUGAGACUUUGAGACUCUGGGACUUUGAGGCCUUGAGACUUUAAGACUUUGAGACUUUGAUGCUUCGAGGCUUUAAGACUUUGAGACCUUGAGACUUUGAGACUUUGAGACUUAGGGACUUUCAGACUUUUCCCAGACUUUCCCAGACAUGGAAACUCACUUUUUUUUAACCAACAAGACAACGGCCAAGCAUCGCAAAAGGGGGGGCUGCUAAGCCCCUGCACCACAAGAAACUUUUAACAGAAACCAGCUUAGCACUGAUUUAUAUUUUAACUUUUAGCCUAGUGCUCUUGUGAUGCGUGCGGCCCUUCGAGACUCCUUACUUAUAAACACGCGAAUAACUUAAACGAUUACGAUGAUGCUUUUCGCUAACGAUGUAUCGACGGCCUAUGUUCGAACGCGAGCGAUUUCAGCGAGCAUUUAUUUUCAAAGUUUGAAGAUUUUCUUAUUCUUUGCCUUUUCCUUUUUGUUUGGCUGCUGUUUGAACAUGUUGCAGCAGCCUAUUCUUCCAAUCAUCUCCCUCCACCUGGAGAAAUAAGCUAUGCAGUAAUGGCAAGCUCUUCCUGCAUUAAAUUAAGAGCCAGCCACGCGGGUGCGGGGCCAUAGCUUUAGGCGCGCCGCUAGCUCUUCGUGGAUCCGGGCACCCGUCGAGGGGAGUGCGGCCGGAGAAGGCCGCGGGUAGGUAGUCUUGCCAAGAAAGACAGAAACGGGGCGGCCGCCUUCUCGCUUGGCAGGCAACCCCCUCGGGCCCCCUGCGUGCCCCCGGUCGCAACUGACAGCGCGAGGAGGUAGCCGCAAAAAGUGCCAGCUUUAGAGGCUGGCCCCGUGGGAUCCCUCUGAGAAGAAAACCAAUCAAAGGAAAGCCUGGCGGGCAAUGGGCAACGCCUCAGCAAGCUGCGAGGCUUUAAGCCUUGCGCAGCGCGGUCUUCUUGCUCUUGUUUUUGAAAUGAUCCCAGUUGUCUCUCGACCCACUCCCUCGGUCGCAUGGUUAGGGCGUCUGUCUCUCGAGUGAUUAAGCAUAGAUCUUCAGCUCUCCAUAUCCUUAGGCUCCUCCGGUGACGUGAGCACGUCGCCUAGCGAUCUAGUGGGUGCCCUUGCGCUUAUCUUCGGGCAGUGCCCUAGCGCUUUAUUAUUGGCUGUCAGUUCUCUAGCCCCUAAAGCUUAAAGCCUACAGUUUGGAAGGCGUCAAAGAUGACGAGUGGAGCUGGCUCAACGGGCUCAGUGUCUUUCGCAGCCAUCUGCGCGCAUUCGAGCAUCUUUCGGGCUUGUUUGACGAUCGACAGACGAUGCCGCUUUCUCUCGUGUCAAGGCCACAGUUUGACCGUCACGGCUUGCGAUAACGACUGCCACUAUAAGCUAGCAGCUCCCCUUACUUAGUUUUCUGUCAUACAGCAGCCGUCUUUCCUGGCAGUCGUUAACCGAAGCCAUUGAGUCAGCAGCGAAUGAAACUGGACACGUGGCGCCACUUCCUUCCCCAGGGGUGCCCUUACUAAUCCGCAACGUCUUCGCAUCCUCCCUGAAUGACUGCAGACCAAGACUCAGCUACAUCACUGAUGAAAAGAGUGACAAUCUGGCCUAGAAGUCGACAGCUGGCGUUAGAUAGCUUCGCUGCUCAUACUAUUAGGGAGUAGCAAACUAUGACCCAGCUACCAAUAUUCAUUAACCAGUAGAAAAGGCGAAGAAUGGCCUAUAAAUCUGUGAGGGCCUAGCUUCUAUAAAUUGACCACCGAAAAGCAGCUGGCACAUUUGAAGACCCAAGUGGGCCGACGAGUGGUAAGUGACACUUGGCGGCUAAGUAGUCUCAAAUCUAAGCAUUCUUCUUUCAAUAAUUAAUCCUGCGUCCACCUUGUACAACCCAACGGAAACGAACCCCGUAGAGACUUAUCCGCCUAUGUGAUUCUUCUUAUCAUUCCGGUUAAAAUAAAUUCCCGACGCGAUCAGUAUCUAUAAUGGUCCUCCCAUCAAGUAGCUCCCUUGUCCACGACAAGUGGUAGCGACCCCUUUCCUGGUAUGCGUGGCUGCCUGUCAUUGUUUCAUGCUUGAGAUGAGGAGGAGCUGGUAGCCUCUCCCCUCGGUAGUACCUUGCUCAGACAAAGGCUGAUAGGCUUCGCGCGAUGAGUAACCUGACCAGCCCGCAGGUAAUAGACCUGCAGUCGUUUCUUCUCCCCUUCCUUAGGGCAAUGAUAGAGCUUAAUAGUACAUCUCGGAGCUCGAAAUCAUCGAGAAAGUCACACGCGUCUCGACGCCUGAGGGCCAGCAUUGCCUGAUCGGUCAAAACCCAAGCGCUCGCCUCACCUCGAGACGGAGUAUGCCCAUGCGUUCCGAUCUGUAGCGCGUCAGUAUUGUCCUUCAGCAACCUAGUAAGUCGCCUCUUCUUCAAAACUUGCGCGAGACUCGACGUGCAACUUGGUAGACGCAUCGGGCUGAAGAUAGCCCGGAAACGUGCUGACGCUACGACGCACGUCAGUAGAGGGCGGCGCGUGAGUCGACAUAUUGGCAUGCAUUUCUUUAACUAUCAAAGAAAAAGAGAGGCCGCUGUCUCAUAGAUAUACGUAGCAGAUGGGCUCGGCUUAUGGUCACACUUCGAUAUCUUCGCAACGUGCUCCCACGCCUCAAAUGGAUGCACAACCAGACUCGGAAUGGGGGCAGCCCUCUCGGAUGAAAAAUGCAAACAAAUGCCACGCGUCAACUCAUCUGACCUGGCCAAAGUAGUACCAUUAGCGCUAUCCUUGUAAUGCGCCCUCUUUCUUGCUACCUGCCGCCCGCGGCCUAUCCUUGUCCUUCAUCUGACCAUUGACAGGAUCAACUGUCAGCCCUCCGCGGGUGGUAGCAUACUCAGGAAAGAGGGCAGAGGUAAUCCGAAUGGGAAAAAGCUCAAGCGUUCGACUAUCCGGCUGAAGCGGCAUAAUCAAAUUAGCCGAGCGUGAUACUUUAUUUACAACAACUAGCGACCCUACUUCUAUUAGCUGCCGUCGAUGGUGUUCAUUGCAAUGCUGUGCCUAUGAUUAUAGUGUGUGAACUCGCGCCCGUUCUGGUUCUACUUCAUGAUCAGGCGCGCCCAAAAACUUGACAUCCGCUCCAGAGUGAAAUACUCGGCACCCAAUUUUUCAUGCAUAUGCUCUAGAAUUUCCGAAAUCCGUCUGCCUGGUAUUACUCCCAGCGGUCACUAUUUGUAGCAGGGAGCACUUUCGCCACUUGUGAACUAGUUGGCGGCGCCGGUACUAGGACAUAGCGGAACGCAGGCCGUUUGUCGUCAAAGACACGGCGAAAAGGGGGGCCCGUUUGCUCUUCGCGUAGAUGGUUCGCCCUCUCUAACUCUAGUUGUGUGGCAUUGUUCAAAUACUCGGCUUGCUCAUUCCGAAGCACUUCAGUUCAGAGCCCAACUUGAAGAGCUCCUGCACCUCUUCCAGAAUGUGCGCCGUUUGGUUCACAGACCAGCUCUGCUUGCUGAGAUCGCCCAACAUGUCCUGGCUCACCUCCUGGCUGUCCGAUAAAAAAAGGGCCAGCUUCAUCCUCGUCCAACUUGAUCACGGUGCCAGAAUUCUUAGACUCCUCUGCGCUACCGGGUCCAGCAUUGCUCCGCCCCGUCCCUCACGUGGCAAUGAGGAUGAGCGACAUCUGAAAAUAGAUGGGGAAGACGAUGCUACGGAUGUUGCCUUCACAGCCGGCCGCGCUUUAGAGAUCGGCUCACUGACUGCCUCACUUGGUCUGGUGCACGUGGCGACGUAGUUAUCGACUCUGCGGCAUUGACCCCGUCGAUGAGCUGGAAGAACUCGGCAUCUGGGUGCCCGUAGUCCUCGUCAUGCCAUUAAACUUCUGACGGACACGCGACCAAUUUCUUCCCGUAGUAACUUAGUUAAGGAAGUUGACUCGCUCCCCGUCGAAGGUCCGCACAUUCUUAAGUGCUUGCCCUGCACAGAGUAACGCAUGCAAUCCGCCCAGCGCCUGACCCGAGAAGUACACGCUGGCGCGCGCUUGUCAGUUUGUAGACUUAACCUCGAGAAUGUGACUCACGUGAUGCGUUGGCGUGUUGCUCCCGUCUUUCUUGUAGUACAAGUAGGCCCUUCCUCUCUUGUGAUUCCGCCGUGGUAGUCGAUCUCGUGCAGAGAUACGACGCGCGCGCGCCUGACUGCAGCAGUCGCACUAUCGUCGCCCAUGCCCAGCCCGCACUAAGGGGCGUUGACGGGUAGAGAACGUCCGUUCUGUUGUGACUGAUAGAGCCACGCUGGUGACGACGUUCGAGAAGGGUCGCAGAGGUGUCCUGCACUACUAGCUCCUCGCGAUUAUUCUCCGUUGUCAUGUUGACAGCCGCGGUGAUGUUGCUUGCCUGGGACUGCGUCGCUCUCUCUCUGUUGGUGUCCACGCUACGGCGUCGCCCGUAGGGCCCGCUCUUCGCUGCCUUAUCGUCUCUUUUCGGUAUGGGUUUCUUCGUCACCAGUGAUGGAGAUCUUGAAAAAGCGCAACCCAACGUCGCGCACCGUACUGGAGACAGCGGCGCAGUAAUAUCUGGCCGAUCGUCGCGGCCUUGUGUUGGGUACCUGGAAAAGAAACCGGCUGCACCGUUUCCAUCGCCAGGAAGAUAGCGCUCCUCGUAAUUGAGACCAAUCUCAUCGCAGUGGAUUGCUCAGCGACGUGCUUGUGUAAGACGCGCCUGCUCUUGAGAUCUAUGAGAAAGGUAGUUUGCAUUGUGGUUCGAGUUUUGGCUGGCUCUGGUCCUUAUUUGUACAUGGUAGAAGUUUAGGCUCAGCGACGCCUAAAGCACUUGCAGAAAAGCGGCCGGCUUGUGCUCAGUAGCUGGCUAGUUUUUUCUCGACUUUAUUUUCUUACCGCCGGUAUCUUCAUCUCUACACCUUGCAGCGGGGCAGCGAUUGGCCUUGGGUUCAAAAGUGGGAGGGUAGCAACGUGAUUUGGUCUAUGGUCUAAGCCUUUGCUUUUGUUGUAAUCUGGGAUAGGCCUUUUAUUACGGGCUUGCCUGGGGUGGAGGGUGUGCCCGGUUGUGUAGGGUGCCGGCUUUGAUAGCUGCUGCCGUCACUGCGGAAGGCCUUCUAACUCACUGCGAGAACCCGCCUUAGCACUCCAGUACGCACUCCAGCAAUCUGCGACUGGAGUCUGGAUGGUGGGGCGUCAUGGGGUGAAGCGCAGGGCCUGAAGUUUUCGCUUUUUAUUACUUAGAAAUUUAGCUCUGCCCCUUUUUCUCAUUGUCAUCUUGCUUGUCACAAGGCCUGGCGCCUUAUCGUAAAGCGAUGGGCACCAUGCGGGAUGAGGGCAGUCGCAGUUGCUGCGCUCCUCUGUAGAGUAAAUUGAGUAUCUCUAUCUUCUACAUCAGUCUACUCUGAUGCCAAAUGCCACGACUUAGAGCUCUUGCACUUCGAGGCCGUGGCUGAUCCAUGGACAGCUUGGGGGCGUCAUUCGCAAUAUCUGGCUUGUCUUCGUAGAUAGGCAGCGCUCGUCCUUCUCCGGUCUUUGCUGACCACGUCAAAUGUUGCGUUGCAAGUAUUACGUGAAGACGAUGGGCUACAGUUUUUAUUUUUUGCUCUCGUCGUAUGGUUGAAGCUUUGAAAUCAAGCACUGAGUGACCACUGUUUGAGCUUGUUGAGGCUCACCGCACAAAGCCCACGAUCAGCCUAAUUUUUAUUCGCCCAAAGAAUAAGGCUGCUGGAAAGGUGGACACGCUUCACGAUCAGGAGCACACAUCUUCACUCGAAUCACACAACACCACUCAGACUCAAAGCGAAGCUGCGCGUGAGCUUAUUGAGAUGGAAAAGGAAUUAUGGCCUGAUAACGUUUUGGGAGUUGGUGGAAGUGCAGUCGUUGUGAAAACUUCGCGCUUAAGCGAUAAGGCCAAGGCCGUCAAGUACGUGCGAUUGUUAUGGGUAAUAAUAGCCUCGACGCCUUACUCUACCGUAUGACUAUCGUUGGCUCAACUGGGCUACUCGUUUAUGUGUCGUCAGUACAAGCGAAGUGUGAUGGGUCUUGUGAUAUUAUCAGUAAGCUUUUUUUACUCCGUGCUACAACUUUUGCCUCUAACAUGAUCUGCAUACAGAGAAGACUGGGACGACGAGCCGAGUGCAGGAGUUUGCGUGGCCGACAGGUUGCAGCAGAUGCGUGAAGGAUGUACUGCGCUUCUGGUUUCAAACUAUCCGCCCAGCACACGACAGAUAGCGGCACAAACGCUGGAGGCAUAUGUGACCAAGGAAAUUCUUGUUGACCAAGUAUCCUGGCAAUGGCGCCAGAAGUCGGAGAAAGAUCUUCGUCUAUACAGUUAUGGCCUGGAUUCUAGACACCUAGACCUUGCGCUUCGUGUCCUGUCUCAUUUUGAUUUGCUCGAAAGUGCCAAGAGGCUACCUGCUUUCGGGGUAACAGUAGCGACCCCGAAAGAGUUUAGAAAGCAUGCCCGGCGUGCCUCGUAGACGUGUCUAGCUUUCCCCGCUAAAAAGUGUAGAGCAAGUCAUCCACCGCGUGAGGCAUAUCGAUAUGCCUUCACCCCUUCAAUGUUCGCGAAGUGUCGGAAGUGUUUACCUGCUCCCGCCUUCUUCUUCCUUUUCUUCUUCGUCUCCUUCUUCUUGUAGAGCAUCAGCAGAAGCAUGAACAGGAAACCCACGCGCUGCGCCCCUAGUAUCUGUGGACUUAUCAUUAUCUUCAGGACUGGCGCGACUUGCGUGUGAUAUUGUUGCCGUAGAUAUGCCGUAGAUAUUUGGGCUUUCUUUCAGAUUAGUGACAGUAUCCAUAUAGACGCCCUAGGUAUCGAAGCGUAAGCGUUGCCAGAUGAAAUGAUUGAUCUUGAUGCGUUUGCUUUUAUUCUUUUGUUCGUCUUUUACUUCCUCGUAAUCGUUGUCUUCGUCUGACUUCGAAGGGGUCAUCCCAUCGGCGCGCAUUGCCGUCGUAGACAAUAGGCACACGCAGCCCCUAAGUAAAUAAAAGUCUUGACUCUAAUACAUCACCGAUUCGCUCAUGCUGCAGCAGGUUUACACCUUUGGCGACCUGGAACAACUGUCGACGCCUCGUCCUCCUUCUGAUACCGCAGUCGAAACUGAUGCGCAGGAGGGUCAUCUCGGUCUCAUUCGUCUGCUUUUGGAUUUCAUCAAAAAGGUCGACUUCUUCCACAAGACUACAGGCAUGGCGCACCAGGAUCUCACGCCCAGUAACGUUUUCCUGGUCAAAAAUGUAGAUCAUGGCACGCUUUUUAAGGCUAGGCUUUUGGCGUUUCUGAUCUUGUCGUUCGUUUUGCUCCUCUUAAGAUUGAUUGGAAGGCCCACCUACGUAACGGGGCAAGCCAACGCGAAUAGCGGCUUGCCUCUUCUAAUGUUACUCCACUGCUGACCGACUUUGGUGAAUCUGCAGAGGCAGGUAGCGUCGGCGUCUGGGGGAAGUACUGCACUGUGCCAGCUUACGCGGAUCCGCUCUACUGUUCAUAUCUGGAAGGUUCUUCCGUGGUAGUGAAUACACAGGAUAAGGUAAGCAUCGACUCGGACGCGUGGACAGUCGGAGCAGGUAUUUUACGGGCGAUGGGCGCAAACGUUCACUCUAUGUCCCCUACGGUGUCGACGAUAAUAAGGGAGAUAAGUAGUAGCAGGAGCCCGGACACUACUUUAUGACAACUCAAAUAAAUAUGGAUACCAAACGAGGACUACUUCUACUAGUAGCUCGCGUUCCGCUCGAGUUUCGCGCGUAUAUCUUUACAGCUCAAGAAGUAGGUACUGCCACUCUCCCUCUUUGGUUUACAAGCGUCCGUGUGUACACCAGAAAAGUAUUCGUCGUAGUGUUCAAGGAGGUCUCUUUGUAUUCUGCAUCAGUCCUACCCGUAGUCUGGUGGCACGGAUGUCACGCUCUGGCAAGGGCACUAGGUUGAGACAUAUUUUUAUUUAUCGUGAGAAUGUGCACCUGCGCGCGGAGGUCAUACCCAUACCGUGAUAGGCAAAAUUAGCCCACAAAGAUGGGGGUGCAAAAUUAGGGCACAAAGAUGGGGGAAUACUUACAAGGCACGCAAAUAGAACUACCAUGAUUAAUGCCUGAAGGAAGCUAUUGAAGUUGGUCUCCUUUAUCUCCAGGUAUAGCACUACUUGUGCUUCUUCUUGUCCUUGUGCUUUGGACAUUUCAUCACAAGAACAAUAAUUGCCCUCAGAAGAGCGAAGACGGAUUUUGAUCGCCGAUCCAGUACUAGUAAAGAGUAUACUUAGAAGAGGACCCAGCGCAGCUGCGACUGCGUGUCGUACUCAAAGUGUUUUCACGUGGGACGCUGUGCUUUACCGCCCUCGUCGGUCUUAGAACUAAAUCCUUUCUCUUUCUAAAAUAGAGACUGAGUAUGUUUGUAGUUCCUUCUGCAUUGUCCCUAUGUCCUUACUUUAUGGACGGCACGAUUCUGAUUGUGUGGGAGCUCGUCCACUUCUGUUCAUAAAGCCGAGGGGCGUCUAAUACUACCGCCCCCCUACAAAGUCUGCGUCGAGGUCAUGAACACGGUUAUCCUUCCAGUGCUCCGGAAGUUGCCAGAGCAGUUCCUACCUGCGCACCAAGAAAACGCGAAGGAACUGGCACUGGGGCUGCGGAAAUUCGCACUCAACUGCAACGAGAAAGAGAGUAACACCAAAUGGAAACCGGUAACACCGCUCCACGAGCAGAUCGAGAAGCUGGACAAUGAAGAGGACAACAUAGUAGGCGAGCGCAGCCUGGCAUUGCUUCGUGAAGCUUUUCAAAAAGUUGAAGAAAGGCAGUUCGCAGGUAACUUGAAUAUCGCUUCCAUCUUCUUUCUCGAGGACAUCGAGCAUGAAAAAGAUAUGACCAAGAUUUUGGAUCAGUCGCAGUUUCCUUUUCUGAUGUACUUAUUUUCAAGCCCCUUCGCUUCCCGUUUCUCUGUGUUUGGUCUAGUUUUUUCUGAGUGGCACCUCCCGCUUCACUCUGUUUGUUUUUCUGAUCCAUCCGUCCCUUCUCCGCCUCUUGAUCCUCUGCCAGUCAGUUGUAUGAUGGGGGCCUUGAAGUAUUCUUUUACCGAUGAGUAGGCGUAGUAGAUCUGGCCUGUUCCUUUUUUAUGUUCCUGCUUCGCACUGUUCUUUCUGCUUUAUACCUUAUUUGCGAGACUGUGGCCGACAGUCGGCCACGUUGGUGGCCAUAUUGAUUGAGACCCAUACAACAGCGGAGUGUCAGUAUCUGCGUGUAUGUAUCUACUUUACUUUGAACCAGGAAGAAUAAUUGUAGUCGACAAGAAGACUUCUCUGGAAAAAAUCUGUAAUGGAUAGAUUCAGCAUGAAGAAGUCCAAGGGCCUCAUCCUACACAUCUGGCCCAGACCUAUCCUGUAGGCAAUCGACGACGAAUUCUUCUCUUCCACCGUUCAACUCAGCAACCCUGAAGCGCCCCGAAGCCGGGAGCCUCCCUAUUCCGAAUCUCGGACCAAGAGAUCGACGGGCGGCCGCUUUUUUGGCUGUGGAGGACCUUUGGCCGAAUCACGGCGAUAAUAUCCACCACGACGACGCUUUCACACAUGACAUGGAUCGCGAUGCUCUCCACGGUGGCGUGGGCAUUCAUGGCGCAGAUAAUGAUAUGGAGAGGAAAAAACUACUCAAGCAACAUAAGUUAGUACUCGUCAGAAGUAUCGCUUAGGUCUAAUUUACUCAGUCAAAUUUAAACGAAGACGAUUCUGUCUAGUUUUUUUUGAAGUUGAUGUUGUUUCUUGUCUUUGUUGUGUACUAAUACAUAGAAAGUUUAUUCCGUUCAUGUACGCUUUCGACCAUGUUGGGGGCUCCAAGUCGCGACGUGUGGCACCUGCUAGCGAUGAUGACUGGCUUAGCACCACCGACGAAAUGGAGAUGGAAGAUGAGCCAGUUCUGGUAAGAUACGACCGAAGUCGCGGUGGUCAGGAGACUUCAGGUGGAACUGGUGGAGGGUAA